UUUGUCAGUAAAAGAAAUUUCCUUUGCGGAAAAUUGUAUUUUACGAGUGAGUUUUUCUUUAGACUUGGGAUAGAAUUCUUGCAGUUUGCGAAGUAUUGUAGAUGGUAGCGGUGCUUGCUGAGUGAGAGACCACGCUACAUAUGGUGCCAUUGGUGGUGUAACCAUGGCUACGAAGACUCGCAACAAGGCAGAGUAUCUGCUCAGCCUUGUAAAGAGGAACGAUCAUCAGGAGUUGAAAAAGGAAAUCCUUCAGGAGGACGGUACUUUGAAGGAAGGUGUGGAGGAGCUCACAUGUACCACCCACAUUGGAGAGGAAGAGACAUUAUUGGGUCGGUUGCUAUUCUAUGCCUGCAAUAACGGCUCGCUGGAGUGUGCCUGCAUCCUUGCAGACUGUUGCGGAGAAACUGUGAUCAACCAGUUGUAUCUCUAUGAUACUCGAUUUUCAAGGUGCACUCCACUACAUGUAGCAUGUUGGGUGGGUUACAUCGAUAUUGCCAAGUACCUUGUCAAGUGUAAAGCCAAGGUGGACAAGACUGAUUCGCUCGGUCGAUCUCCUGUUCAUGACGCCGCUUUCACUGGCCAUCUGGAAGUCGUCAAGUAUUUACUAGAACUCCAACCCGAGACUGUCUCUGCGGCGGAAAACGAUGGUGACCUUCCUGUUCAUCGUGCUGCCUAUAAAGGAAAGCUAGACGUCGUCAAGUAUCUACUAGAUCUCCAACCAGACACGAUCUCUGUAAAGAGCAACAACGGUGGCAUUCCUGUUCAUCACGCCGCUUUCGGUGGGCAUCUGGAAGUCGUCAAAUAUCUACUGGAACUCCAACCCGAGACUGUCUCUGCGAAGAACAACGUAGGUGAACUUCCUGUUCACGCUGCUGCCUAUAAUGGAAUGCUAGACGUCGUCAAGUGUCUACUAGAUCUCCAACCAGACACGAUCUCUGUAAAGAACAACAUCGGUCGCAUUCCUGUUCAUCACGCCGCUUCCGGUGGGCAUCUGGAAGUCGUCAAAUAUCUACUGGAACUCCAACCCGAGACUGUCUCUGAGAAGGACAAAGCAGGUGACCUUUCUGUUCAUUUCGCUGCCCAUAAAGGAAAGCUAGACGUUGUCAAGUAUCUACUAGAUCUCCAACGAGACAUGAUCUCUGUAAAGAACAAUGUAAGUUGA